GAUGCUUGCUGGGAACCGUGGUCUGAGCCUGCCUCAGGAAACGGGCGUGGACGUACCUAUCACGCAGCGGGCUUUAGGACCCGGCGGGGCCCUGUGGGACUGGGGGAAGGGUCGGUGGAGGUCGGGAGCGCAUCCGUGAGCCCAGAGGAGCGGCGGCGUCGGUGGCGUCGGGAGCGAGCGGGCCCGGGAGCGGCGCGGGUGGUGGUGGAGGAGCCAGGGGUCGAUUCUCCAACCAUGGCACAGGUGGAGAAACGAGGGGGUUUGCUCCGGAAAUCUUCAGCCUCCAAAAAACCACUGAAGGAAAAAGUGGUGCUGAUGUAUGAUGAGAUCUUUAUGACAGAGGACCCCAGUAAGUGCAGUCCUCGAUUUUGGGAGGAGCUCUUCCUCAUGAAGGUGAAUUUGGAGUACCUAGAAGGCAAGCUGGAAUCUCUUGAUGGUGAGGAGUUAAUGAAGAUCAAGGAUAAUAUUAAUUGCUUAUUUCAACACUGCAUCCAGGCUCUGGGAGAGGAACAUCCGAUUCGAGUUGUCAAUGCAUUGCAGACCUUGUGUGCACUCAUUCGAGGAGUCCAUCAAAAGAAUAAAUCUACCUCUGGGUUUGACAUUAUCAACAUGCUGAUGGGCUUUGACAAGGCAGAGUUGUGCAUGAAGAACUUGAUGGAGAGUUUGGAUUCAUUGCUUUGUGCGGAAGGUUCUGAAAGUCUGAAGAGUUUAUGCCUGAAACUUCUCCUUUGCUUAGUGACUGUGACAGAUAACAUCAGCCAGAACACUAUCCUAGAGUAUGUAAUGAUCAACAGCAUAUUUGAAGCAAUUUUACAGAUACUCUCUCACCCCCCAAGUCGCAGGGAGCAUGGGUAUGAUGCUGUUGUCCUCUUGGCUUUGUUGGUGAACUACAGAAAAUAUGAGUCUGUGAAUCCUUAUAUUGUGAAGCUGUCUAUUGUGGAUGAUGAGGCUACGCUCAAUGGAAUGGGGCUUGUGAUUGCUCAGGCUUUAUCUGAGUACAACAGGCAGUAUAAAGACAAGGAAGAGGAACACCAGAGUGGUUUUUUCUCUGCUUUAACAAAUAUGGUGGGCAGCAUGUUCAUAGCAGAUGCCCAUGAGAAAAUCUCAGUACAAACCAAUGAGGCCAUCCUUCUGGCACUUUAUGAAGCUGUUCAUUUAAAUCGUAACUUCAUCACAGUGUUAGCUCAGAGUCAUCCAGAAAUGGGCUUGGUGACAACCCCUGUCAGUCCUGCUCCUACAACCCCAGCCACACCACUUGGGACCACGCCGCCCUCCUCUGAUGUUAUAAGUUCUGUGGAACUCCCACUGGAUGCAGAUGUACAGACCAGUAAUCUCCUGAUAACCUUCUUGAAGUAUAGCUCGAUUGUCAUGCAGGACACCAAAGAUGAGCACCGGCUUCACAGUGGCAAACUCUGUCUGAUUAUACUUACGUGUAUUGCAGAGGAUCAGUAUGCAAAUGCAUUUUUGCAUGACGACAAUAUGAAUUUUCGAGUAAACUUACACAGAAUGCCUAUGAGACACAGGAAGAAGGCAGCGGACAAAAACCUUCCCUGCCGUCCCUUAGUAUGUGCAGUACUGGACCUGAUGGUAGAGUUUAUUGUAACACACAUGAUGAAGGAGUUUCCUAUGGAUCUGUAUGUACGCUGCAUUCAGGUAGUACAUAAACUACUUUGCUACCAGAAGAAGUGUAGAGUACGCCUGCAUUACACCUGGCGGGAACUCUGGUCAGCCUUGAUAAAUUUGCUGAAGUUCCUUAUGUCAAAUGAGACCGUACUUUUGGCUAAACACAACAUUUUUACAUUAGCCCUUAUGAUUGUGAACCUAUUUAAUAUGUUUAUCACAUAUGGCGACACAUUCCUGCCCACUCCCAGCAGCUAUGAUGAACUCUACUAUGAGAUUAUCCGCAUGCACCAGAGCUUUGACAACCUCUACUCUAUGGUCCUGAGGCUUUCUACCAAUGCAGGCCAGUGGAAAGAAGCAGCUAGCAAGGUGACCCACGCGUUGGUUAAUAUCAGAGCCAUCAUCAAUCACUUUAACCCCAAAAUUGAAUCCUAUGCUGCUGUGAAUCACAUAUCCCAACUGUCAGAGGAGCAGCAACCACCAUUCUACAUCCUGUUUCUACGUGUGGGCAAACCUCUUUUGAAGCUGAUGUACCUUUCAGCCAAGUGGCCCAGGAGUCUGCUAAAAAUUUCUCUACAUAUAGACUCAGGAAUUUUCCAGGAGGAUCAUCAAGGUGCUGUGCUGUCAUCCCUGUAUGUCAUAGGACCAUAGGACAGUGUAACCAGAUUCUUAAGUUUUCUACUUUAGGAGUUUUAUGGAACUUUACCCCCCCCCCAUUAUCUCUUUAAGUCCCAACUCUUACUAGGGCUUUGGGUUUUGGAUUCAGAGGAGGCACAUAUAAUGUUGUAUAUUGCAAGAGGCACCUUCAAAAGUAUUAUGACAAAGCAAAGAAUCUAACUUAUUUGUAGGAGUAGAUUACAGUAAAUUAGGGAAACAAAAAAUGCUUCAUAUCUGAAUGAUGGUUACAUUGGAAGCUACUGUCUCUGUCUAUUAGUAAUUUUUCUAAACCUUUUGAUUUUUUCCUGAUCCUAAGGUAAGAGCCACUACAAAUAAAUGCUAGGCAUUUAGAAAUCCCAAGGAAAUCUAGCAUUAUUUUCCUUACAGAGGAAUGAGAGAGUAAUAAGAGGAAAGCCCUAGUCCAUGGGGCAAACAUUGUUUAGGGGCCCUGGGUUCACCCAUUACUUGAGAACAUCUAGGACACUAAAAAGACACUAAAAGAGCUAGGCACUUUUACAUAGGUUAUUUACUUAAGUGUUAUAUCAACUAUUUGGGGUAAGUGCAGUUAUCGUUUUAUAGAUGAGGAUGCUAGGCUGAGUGAUUUGCCCAUGGUCCCACAGCUGUUAGUGCAAAGCUACAAUAUGAGCAUAAAUCUGGCUCACACUGAGGUCUGAGCUGCUUCUACUCCAUCAGGCUGAGGCACAUAUGACAACCUGAGUUUGCCAGGUAUUCAGAAGGAAGAGGGAGGCCAGGGAUAGGAAGGUGGAAGGAGAAGCAGGGACGGUGCAGAUAACAGGGCUCACUCCUGGGGGAUGGGGUAAGGUCCUGGUUUGAUGAAGGAAAGUGCUGAACAGGGGCUUAGGGAGUUUGCCUGCCACUUCGGCAGAAAUGCAUAAGUAGAGGCUCCAGACACCACAUUAUGAUAACUUUAUACGUGAGGAAAGAGUCUCUUUAUUCCACCCAGCAUGUCUGCAAAGUCACGAUGAGAAAUAAAGCUUUCCACACACCAAAGGAACAUGGUGAGUUAAAAAAAAAAAAAGAUUUUAUUUUAGUGGAUAAUAUAUUUAUGUGGGUCAAACUCUAAAAGGUGGCACACUGCAUUUUAGUUGUUUUUAAAGUAGUACUUCCAUUUUGCUAAAACAACAGUAACAACACAAAGACUCUCAAAAUCAAUGUCCCACAGCCAAGCUAGAUGAAUGCAGAGGUCACUGGUGAAGAGCUCAGCUUAAUAGUCAUCUCUGCCACUGACAGCAUUUUCUCUAAUUAAAUAUGAAUUUUGAAAGGUGCAUUACAUGCACUUCUGGUCUUCCUCAGUCAGGCUUCAUUGCCAGUGAAGCUUCAUUGGCAGCGCACAGAGGAAUAGUGUUGCAGCUUAUAGGAAUUCCAGUAGUUGUCAGCUUUUCCAGAGGUUACGGGAGGCAUCAGCCCUUGCUUUCUUGGUUUAAUCUAAGAAGGAUCCUUUAUUCCAAUUAUUAGAUGAGAGUGUACAAGUAGAACUUCCCUCUUCGGUUUGUCUUUUAGCCACCUCCUUCCUUCCAAAUAGAUCUUUGGGAACUUUUGUUUAUUUCCACUGAAACCUCUUCCUCAGGAGGUCGCUCCAAACCCUAAAGGUGUGCUAGAAAGAGCAUGGUUUGCCUGUGUGCUGACGUCAGAGGCCAGAAGUGUUGCCAUGCAAACUUUUAUCUGUUACAGGCUGUGCUAAUUGGAGAUGUUUUUACUAAGUACCAUAACAGCACUUUGACCUUUCACAGUGAUACUGUGCAGAGGAAUUUGCAAUCUUAAAAAUGACCCAUUCAGCUAGAGGGAAACUGUGGUAGCCCACAACUGGGAUUUCUGUUAAAGAAUUCUGUCUUUUAGGGAGGGAUAGGUAAGUGAGGCCUGACACGGAGGCAGAGACCCCAUGUCACAUUGCUGGUGAGUUAGGAGCAGAGAUAAUGUUUUCUCUCUCCCUCCCUGAGAUGUGAUAUGUUUCCAAAGAAAGAAACCUCAGGUGGGAAGGGCAGAAACACCGCCUCUUGGUUUGAGCUGGGAGGAGUGUCCUGCCUACAAUAAGCCACAGAGAAGGAGAAGGCCUGAUGCGAUGUGUCAUGAUUCCCCCACUCCCAUUACCUUGGCUGCCUUUUAGUGUGAUUGCAUGCCUUGCUUGUGGAGGGUAAGGGCCUGGGCACGUUGGUUCUGUAAUUAGUGCAAAGAAAAGCUUCACAAGGGCUGCCUAGGGCUUCAGCCAAAUAAAGUCUGGGAGGUGGGGCAACUGCCCAGGGAAAUUAAAGAAAGUCACUGUCACUACUCCUUUAACCAGCUGAUGGCCUCUCACUAAUCACCCACUGUGAGGUUCAUUAUCUGAUCCCCCUUGCUGAAGGGCAGAGCCAGUCUGUCAGAUCAAUAAAUCUCAGGACAGUGGAAAGCCCUUUAGUAGCAGCCUUGAAAGACAUGGACAUACUGGGAGAAUUGGCCAACUUACUUUGUUUCUGAAAUUGAGUUUAGUCCUGAAGUAUACGAGAUGAAAAUAGAGGAAAAAAAAGGGGGAGGGGGAAUGUCUACAUAUUAUAUGCAGGAUGGCUAUAUAGAGGAAACAGUUACUUUUUAAAAGGCAUCAUCUUUUUUUAGCCUAAGAGAUUUGUGUCCACCUUUUGGAUCCUAGGUUCUAAAUAAUUGUAUUGGAUGACUGUACCCUGGAGGGAGAUUCAGAUUAUCUUGGAGAUAGAAGAAAGUCACUGUAAGCACACCAGUGGAGGGAGGGGUGCUCACUCAGGAGAGUCUGAUUUUGUUACCAGGUUAUUCUAGUUCCUGGGCUAUUGGCUUGUUUUCAUUGUUUCAGCCACUUAGGGCUAAAGUGUUUUGAAAAAGAACCAGUUCUUACCUCUUAAGGAAGCUCUUAGAACCUCCCUUGGUCUAAGAAUUCUCUAUUUCUGAGUGUCUUUGGUUAGUGCAAUAACAAGGAAUAUGCCCUAGCCUCAAGUUCCCCAGAUUCAUUUUUUUCAGUGCAAAAGUACAGAAGUAUCUGCUCUGUGCUAAGCCAGGGGCUAUAAAAAUGCAAAAAUCAUGCCAGCCCUUGAAGACUUCAUGGUAUAAGAAUCGGCAUCACUGCUUUCUUGCCUAGACAUUUGCCCAUAUGUUCUCCUGUAGACCUCAGCUGAUGUAUGUGACAUGCCUGCAGCAGCCCCACCUGACCCUUUAUAAACCUAAGAUAAAACCUCCCUGUUCUCCUCAUAACCUAGAGAAAUAUUGCCUCAGAAAUCCAUAAAUAGUUGGCCGAUGACUUUCAUUUGGAUUGGAUUUCCACAGGGAGAGUGGAAUGAUCAUCUCAUAUCUUUAUCCUUGCCUCAGUUUCAUGAAAAAGGCAAAAUAAGGACUGUCAUUAGAUUGGUAAAAGCAGGACCCUGUAAGUCCCCAAGCUUGGCAAAUGAUUGAGUUUGUCAGAAGGUCUAGGUAAGUUCAGUCACUUAUAAAAACCUCAGAUGGCUAGUGCCCAGCUGAAAAUUAUUCUAAACUGUUGAUUGCUACAGAGAGUCCAUUUAAUUUGUCAGGGAGGAUUUCCAGGAGUGGAGGUGUGGAAGGGAGGAGCACAGUGAGGGGAAUCCUUGGCAUUGUCAAAAUACUGAGAACUCCUAACUUAGAAUUUUCUGAUAUAUCAAUCUGAAUCAUUCUUGCCCCAACCAAAAAUGCAGUAGUAAGACCAAAAAAAGAAGCUUAUUCCAUAGCCAUACAUCUUUUUUAAUCUAAUCAUGAUUUACUGAAUUUUUUAAAACUUUAUUGAGGUAUAAUUGACAUAAAAUAAGACAUAUUUAUGCAAAUACAUAUGUCCACCACCACCACCACAACAUAGAACAUUUGCAUCACGUAAAAAAGUUCUCCUUUAAAGUCAGUCUUAACCCUGAGUCUGGGCCCUAGGCAACCACGAUGUGUUUUCUGUCACUAUAAAUUAGAUUUAUCUUCUAUAAAAUUUCACAUAAAUACAUAUAAUACAUGCUUUUUUU